UUUUGAAAAACGUGCAUAUUUGAUUUGAUAGAUAAAACUAAAACCAACUUGUGAUAACCGUUUCGGCAUCUCCCUCUCACUGUAAUAUUUCGGUUUCGGUGUAAUUUUAAUUUAUUGAAUUAUAAUUUGAACAUAUUCGCAUUUAUUAAUCAUAGCGACCCAAAAUGUUAUUCAAGUGGUCUCCUGUGUCCAGGAUAUGUUUGAAUUUCGUCCGAUACAAAUCCAGCAAUUGGGAACAUUUCCGUCAUCCGAUUAGACCGAUUGAUAAAACUCCUGAGCCGCCCAAAGUUCCAAAAUUUACCAACGUAUACGAACCAUUUCAAGAAGUUAUUGAGGAUAACAUCGAAGAAGAAAGAGUCAAAUCUAAAGAAAUCAUAAAGAAGGUGAACGAUCAUAUACAGGAUGGCUCGUUUGGACGAUUGUUUGCUGUCAUCUACAUACUUGGUAAACAGUACAAAGUCACAGCUGAAGAUAUAUUAAUAAUUGAAAAAAAUUGGGCUCCCAAGAUGAAAGAUAGUUUGAGGUUUGAAAAGGUUCUUUUAGUUGGAGGUGCCAAUUUUACUCUCAUUGGUAGACCUAUUCUACCCAGGAACAUCGUUAAUGUUACCGCUUCAAUAUUGAACAAAGAUUUGACGCAUACGAAAUUCCGUUUUUAUAGAAUACAUAAAGAGCGAGUUCAUAAUCUUAAUUUUGUUAGAGAAGAGUUGACUUACCUUAGGAUAAAUAAUAUAGAAGUUUAUCCUCAAUUAAACGAGCUCUCAUACAGCGAGUACACCAGAUCGAUGUGAAAUUAUCAUCCUUUGUAAUUGUAUCUGGGUUACUAAGUUACAAUUCUGUUGUAAAACAUAUUUCAGUUCAUUCGAUAAGUAAUAUUUUGUUCGUCGCAUUUGUAUGAUAUUUUACAUGUAAAUAAAUUUUGUUAUUAUUUGA